AUGUGCAGGACUUGGGUUGUAUUUGCCUGUGCUCAGCUGUUGGGAGUCCAGUUACAUCUGCACCAACCUCAGCGGUUCCUGUUUGUGGAAGUUGGUGGGACAGCAGAGAUCCCCUGUUCCUCCAAGGAAAAUUUGGAAGGGGGAGCAAAUGUGCACUGGUAUCUGAGAAGGGCGGGUGAGACCCCCACACACAUUAAGAAGUGUCGGGAUAAAAAUGUGAGCAGACUUGCUUGCAAGCAUACGGUAUACAGCGCAACCCUGGAAAUCAGGGAGAUCCAAAGGAAGGAGUCUGGCAUUUAUUACUGUGCACUUGCAGCCACCAACUGCUGGACUUUUGGGAACGGAACCACGGUGAUUGUUGGAGACAGCUUCACCGACAGCAGCUCCGUGCUGCUCCUGGUCCCCGUUGUAGAGGGGAACAGAGCCACGGAGCUUGCACAUUUGGCCUGUGUGAUCCAGGGCAUCUCCAACCUCGUCCAGGUGUCCUGGCAUGUACCCAGAGAGGAGCCAGUCCAGAGGCUGCCGCACUCGCUGGAAGGCAGCGAUGGGUCCUUAACACUCAUCCAUUGCAUCAGCAUCCCCUGGGCAAGCUGGGUCAGCGGGGCAGCCUUCAGCUGCGAGGUCAUAUUCAACUCAUCUGGCAGCAGCGUUUUCAGACAUGCCACGUAUAAUUCUCCCUCCGCACCCUGCAUCUUGCUCCCUGUCAUGGCAGUGGGCAGCGCCCUACUGCUGUUCACAAUUCCCCUGAGUCUCAUCUGGAUCUGCUGCCCUCCCAGAUGGGGAUCCCGACCCAGGAAACCAGCACCUCGCAUAUCCCAGCAGAAUGAGCAAAAAGGAGAAGCGAUCUAUACUGGGCUGACCACUCGAGAUCAGGAGACCUAUGAAAACUUUAAACCCAAGGGCAAUUAG